GCUGCCGUGAGGGGACUGGGGGGGCGCAGCCGCCAUGAAGUGCGUGAUCGGGGGGGCGCAGCUCCGAGGUACCGGGGCCCGGGGAGCCCGGCACACGCGGGGAUUGGUGCGGGACACCGGGAAAGCGACACCCCCGGCACGGCCCUGGGCGGAACACGAGCCCCGGGAGCGGAGCGGGGAAUCCGCCUCUCCCUCACCGCAGCGGGGUCGGGUGCUGUGCGGGGCCUUGUUCGCAUGGGCAGGAUUUGGGGACAGCCAGGGCCUGGCUUCGUGUCCCCUGUGCAUUCCAGGGGCACAGCUCCACUCCAUUCUGAGGGAAAAGGUGCUCCUCCGCUGCCCGAGGCAGAUCCGCAGGGCUCCACUGUCUUUCUUAGGAUUCCAUCUCUCCAGAUGUCCCCUUGCUUCUCAGGCUUUCCCCCUGCUAAAUGUCAUUUCUAGCCCCGGUGAUGAAGUUUUGUCUGAUUGACCUAAUUUGGGGUAACUCCAGGUGCUGCAAAGGGACAUCCGAGGCGCCUCAUCAGAGGCAGCUUUCCAAACCAUUGAGGGUUUGGACAAUUAAAACUUUAAUUAAAUAGAAAAAAUAACAGUUUCUACCACUCAUUUUCUUUCAAAUGUAUAAGAAAUUUGUAAUGUUUCCUCUUGGAUUAUUCUGGAGAAAGUGCAGUGCCACCUUUUUAUCUUUUUAUUUUCAUUUAGAAUGCAUAUUGCAGUGUUUUUUUUCCCUGGCAGUGUUUGGAAGAGCAAUACAUGCCAUAGCACGGAUUAGUGAUGAAUUUUGGUUUGACCCCUUAGAAAAAGGUGUAAGUGAAUUUUAUUUCUUCUAAUUUAAAAAUCUUUAUUAUAAGCCAAAUAUUUAUACAACUGGAUAUUGUGGUUUGACACAGGUACCUUUCAGUCCAUCACAUUCUCAGCUCCCUCCACUUUCAAUAUGGACACAUGCCAUGUUUUCUGUGAUUUGAAUUAUGCAGAUUCUAUUGUGGAAGAUGUCAUUCCCACUCUGCCCUAAGAUCCUUUGAUAUUUUGCUGUCCAGGACAUCUGGAUGAAUGCCACAGGACUCAGUUCUGUUGUCACAAGUCACAAGGUUUGAGUUUUGUACCACACAGGAGCUGCGUCUGAAAACAACAUGUUUUGUACUGGUGUGACUCAACAGGAAGAACACAUCCAUUAAUGCCUCUGAUUAAUCAAACACCAUUUCCAGCAGAAUUAGUGUUUUCUCCAGAGGUUUCAUAGGUAAAAGUGAUCAGCUCUCCUUGGCUCACUGGGAGGAUGGAAAAUCACAAGUGGAGAUAUUUUAUUUUAUACCUGGGGAAUUUUUGAGGUGUCUUUGCUCAUCUGUGUGGAUCAUGUCCCUCAAAUGCCUCAAACACAAGCUGAGCUCUGGGUGUUUGGCUAACUCAAUUAUUUUUAUUUUAAAAAUAAAAAUCAAAUAAAAAUGCAUAUCUAAAUUUUUAAAAAUAAUUUUGAGAUGUAAAUUUCUAGGUUUGCUAGUGGCACUGAAGCCCAGAGGAGGCUCUUUUUGAAAGGUUCAAGUUUUUAGUUAAUAAAUUACUUGACUUCUGUUCCCUCAGUGGUUGGAUUCAGUGAUGUUGGAGGUCUUUUCCAGCCCUAAUGACUCUGUGAUUCCAUUUCCAGCUUGCCUUAAGAUCAGUGAAUUCCUCGAGGUCAGCAUAUGCAUGUGUGUUCUUCUCAUCCAUGUUUUUCCAGCAUUACUGCUGCACAGCUGUGUCCCAGCCCUGUCAGAAGGAGAAGCAGUUAUCCCUCCCCUUCAGUCCUCCCUGUGUUUAGAUGUGUAAAUGUGCUGGAAAGGAAUGUAGAGAAAUGCAGCAUCUCCAGCAGCCCCAGUGAGCACCACAUCACCUUCCAGCUGCUCUGCAGGCACGGUGUUGUAAAAACCUAUAACCUGACAUUUCAGGAGUGUGAUCCCUUGCAGGCUGUUUUUGCAAAGCACAUGUGUCCAAACAUUCUUAAAGUCCACUCCAGGCUGCUGGCUGAUGUGAUGAUCCAUUUCCCAACCAGUCAGGAAGAAAUAACCCUGUCAGUAACUCCAAUGAAAGUUUGUUUCAAGAGUUACACUGAGGAAGACACUGACUUUUCAAGGACAAUGCUUACUGAGAUACAGCUCAAUCCAGAGGAAUUUGACUACUUUCAAGUUGGAGUAGAUUCUGAAGUGACAUUUUGCCUUAAAGAACUGAGGGGGCUGCUGGCGUUUUCCGAGGCCACGAGCGUUCCUGUGUCCAUCCACUUCGACAGAUGUGGGAGACCCAUUGCUUUCAGCAUUGAGGACCUGCUGCUGGAGGCCAGCUUUAUCCUGGCUACCUUGUGUGAGGCUGAGAAGGAGGCAGCUUCCCCAGAGCCUGCCUGCUGCCCACGGCCCUGGGACAGCUCAAGGACUGGCAUGGAGAAAUCUGACCAGACAUCCAUGGAUGGAGCCAGCAAUACAACCACAGUCGCUUCCAAAAAGCCACAGCAGAAGGGAAACACUCCGAGCAUGGACCCUGCAAAACCCCCAAGUGCUCUGGCAAACCAAGAGGUAAAAAAUAUUCCCAGAAGCUCAGAGAGGGAUGUGCCAGGCAGAGCAGGAGCAGCCACGGCCCAGGCAGCAGGAGGAGAGGCCACAGAGGCUCCUUAUGCCAAAUUCCACUCCUUAUUCUUCGGAGCUGUCUCUUACAAGGAGGCCAUUGGUGACACCUUCCAGAGUCUGGUGACAGCCAGUGACACUGAGGAGGAGCUGGGUGCCUUGCAGAGCUCCCCAGUUCUGUAGUGCGGGGCUUGGGGUCUAAGGACAGACAGUGGGGAGAGCCCACGAGGGAAGGGCAGGGCAGGCCCAGCCUUUGUCACUGGUGCUGUGACCUAGCAGCACAGAACGUUCUGGAACUGUCAGUGCUCUUGUAAUGGCACAGAUUUAGGUCACGACUGACUCCGUUGAGGUUUGUGUGUUCUGCAGGAACUGCUGGGGGUUCUGCUCUCAGAACACUCUCACUGGAGAGAGGCUCAGUUUGAAUUCAAACUCUGUUACCACAUCAGGCACAUGAAGCCGCUGUUUGGGUUAAGGGAGAUCUCAGGGUUUUACAGGUUCUCUAGAACCAGCCUUUAACUGAGAAACCAAAGUUGUCACAGGACUGCAUUUAAAAAAAUAAAGGUUUGUGUUUCAGACUUGCAUUAUCCUUUUCCUUCCCUGUGUCUCUCCCACCACACGUCAGGGGCAGUGCAGUAUUUCCAAAGUCACACUGGAAUACAACACUGAACUUCCCAGUCAAUUACAGGAUCCUUAUCUGUCUGCCAGACUGCUGCAGAAGGCGUUGGGUGUCACUCAGGUGUGGCUGCUCAGGUGUGGCUGUGACCUCCCUGAGAGCAGUGCAGGGAGGUCACAGUGACAGCCCAGCCCCCCCAGGCCCUGGCUGUGCCUCAGUGCCACCAACCACAUCCCCACAUCAACAGAGGGUUUGCAGGCAACUUGACUUUAAAAAGCACAUUUUAGUAUAAAUACUAUAUUUAUUAAAUAUCUUUACAAUUUAUUUAAAUGUAUUUACAGAACUAUUCCUGCAUAAGUUAUACCUCAGACAUGAAAUUCACAUAAUUGCCUCUUGGG